AUGGUCCAGGGACGAGUUACCUUGCUAAAGCUCAAGGGCAACUUGGACAACACACUUUCUGGGUUUUGGCACUCACGGAGUGCUCGUCUUCCCCUCCCUGGAGCAUCUCUGCCGAUUCAAUCGGACUGGUACUUCUAUCAGUGCUUGUAUUUAUCUAUCUGA